UUAACCAUUAUCCAACCUGCAGUUGCUGAAUCUUUGGGAAUCAAAGAACAACUAUUUUGACGCUUCAAUUGUUGAAAAGUUGAAGAAUCCGUCUCGGUCGUGGUCGGAAUAUCAGGCGACGCUCAUUACCCAGCAUGCGGCUGUAAUCACACCCAUCACGACAGCUACCAAACUGACAUACGAGGGGUAUCAGGCACAGCAUCAAGCAUUUGUCCAGCAUGCAUUGCAACAGAUUCAAACACUGGAGCAGCAGAAACAGCAGUUAGAGCAACAGACAGUUGCUGUGAAUAUCCCUCCUCCAGAACCUCAGACACUGCCGCCUGUUCACCUUCAACCGCAGCAGCAACCGCCGCCGGCUUUAGCGGUGAUGUCAGCGGCACAGCAGCCCCCUCCUCCACCACCGCCUCUUCAGAAUGAAGUAGGCCCACCUCAACAUGGACUGCCGUGUCCACCACAACACGGUCCCCCACCAGGUCCUCUGCCAGGACCACCUCAUCAGCAUGGACCUCCCAUACCCCCAAGUCAUGGCCCCCCAGAAAUUAACUUUAGUCAACCUCCACCAGGAUAUUUGCCAGCAUUUCCGCCAGGUCUGGAACUUCCUGAUCUCAGUAAGCCGCCUCCAGGAUUUCCAUUGCCUCCGUUAAAUAACCAGGUACCUCCAGAGGUUGCGCUGGAUGAAUUGAUGCCCAGCGUUCCAUAUUUUGAACUCCCAGCAGGACUCAUGGUGCCUCUCAUUAAGUUGGAGGAUGGAGAAUACAAGCCUCUGGAUCCAGACAGCAUCAGACUCCCUCCUCCCGCUCCGCCUAGUGAGCGACUGCUAGCAGCUGUAGAGGCUUUUUAUGCUCCACCCUGCCAUGACCGGCCCAGAGAUAGAUUGAUUAUUGACAGUGAAGGCUGGGAGAAGCUGGGACUUUAUGAGUAUUACCGAGCAAAGAACGCUGCCAGAAAAAAGAAAGUUGAUGAUAUCCUUGAGGGCGUAAGAGAGCGUUCCAAAUCACCAUCGCCAGUCAUAUGUUUUAGAUCAAGAAGCCGUUCACCACCUAAAAAGCGAUAUCGCAGUAAAUCACGGAGUCGUAGUCGUUCCAAUUCAAAGACCCGAUCUAAAUCAAAAUCAAGAUCUCGAUCAAGAACACCACCCUCAGCAGUGAAACAUUAUAACAACAGGACAAACAGUUCCAACAACACUAAUAGCAGCAACACAAACAACAAUAACAACAACAAUAAUAAUAAUAGGAGAUCUCCAACAAGAAGACAAAACCGGACAUAUAAGCCUCGCUCAAGGUCUCGGUCGAGGUCUAGGUCAGGUUCAAGGUCACGAUCUAGAAGUCCCCAUGGUCACCAGGCAUCACAGCAACGAAGUCCUGAAAGGAGUCCGACACCACCGUCUUUCCUAGGUUCAACUUACAGCAAGACGGAGGCACAGAGGCAGUUGGAUGAGAGUAAUAAAGGUCAUCAGAUGCUUCGGAAAAUGGGAUGGGGUGGAGCCGGUUUGGGCGCAAAGGAACAAGGCAUUGAGCAACCGAUUUCAGGCGGAGAGGUUCGGGACAAAGUGGAUAUGUACAAAGGUGUUGGUAUCAAUUUGAACGAUCCAUAUGAGAAUUUCCGCAAGAGCAAGGGUCAGGCUUUUAUCAACCGGAUGAAGGCGAGAGCAGAGGAACGGUUAUAGCAGUCGGCUCUGUCUCCAUCUGACUCCAGUUAAGUCAGCAAGCAGCAGGAUUGGAAGUUAAUAUUAACCAAGUUGGUUAAUAGCUCCGGAGAAUGGGGCAACGCCAUAGACUUUAUGUGUACGAUAUUAGGAUGUUGUAUGAAACAUAUAUUAAACAGAAAUAUAUUAUCUCUUAAAGUUUUAAAGUCGCGUAAAAGACAAUGUGAGAAUGUUUCAGUUCCUCGUGCGGGGAAUUCUUCGUAAUCGCGCUUCAAGGGAAGUGACGGUCAUUAAGUGCGCGUGUAUCAGUUUUUCAGCUGCAGUGAUAAAUAACUGAACGUUAGUCGAUAUUUUCCGGGUUUUUUAACUUCGUUUCCGAUUGGAAGAGCCGCUGUUGGCGGAAACAACGCUGAUUUGACCAUGAAAUUGAACAAAAUGGAUACGCCAUUGAACUCCAAAAAUAAAUACCCAGAAGAUGAGAAGGGAAUAUUAAUUUAUAUACGAAAAAUUAUAGUUUUUUAUUUGAAACAAAUCUCGAUUGCUUGUUCUUUUGAUUAAUCGUAAUUAUUGUACAUUGCACUUCAAAAAGAAGCAACUUCAGUUUUUCAAUACAAACUUGACUUACCCCACCAGAAUUCAUAUAUUAUAACCUUGAUUUUAAUGGAUAAAAGCAAUUCAGAAUAAUUCAGCGCUGUUUGUGCGGUACAAAGUAUACUUUACCUUCGAUCCAAUUGUACGCCAAACAGAUAUUUGUGUCGGAUUAGGUUUACACUUGAUAUUUAAAUAUCAAAAUUAAAAUGGAUUCUGUGAGGUGGCACGGAAGGAAGUUGAUGGAUGCCAGAAAGAUCGUGUGUACUUGAUAUUCUUGAUAAGCAAACCUUGCAUAGUUUUAGUUAGUUUAAAAAGGCAAAUUAGUAUAAAAUUAGGUGAGAAAGAGUGAUUAUGAACAGAUCAUGUCAAUCAUUUGGAAAAUAAAUGAUGAUGUACAUGUA